AUGAAAGGUAGUCUAGGAGGAGCACUCAUCUCACUGUCUAUGUCUUGGCAUCUCAGACUGAUUGAAUGUGCCUUGAACGUAAGUUGGGGUGAACGAAAGCAGGAGGGAGAGGGAAAGAAAGGAGAUAAAGUUGAGAAGCCGCAGGUCAUGAUGAUCCAUGUCCUAGUGCUUGGCCUGUGCUUGGCCAUCUCCAGCAGCUGUUGGUCGGGCAGGGCCCCAGGACCUUCUGCCACAACUGCUGAGGAGAGCACCAGUGUCAUGGAGCAAAUCCGCUCGAAGAAGUUUCUGGUCAUCCUCGGCUUUCACAUGACCAUGAUUUUCACAUAUCGUUGCAUGCUAAGCUUCCGCUACGAUGAGCUCAUGUGGAAGAAGGCGACCUUCGCAAGCUCUAUGGAUGUGCAGUGGCAGCUGGACAUUUUCACGGUUUCGCAAUACAGCCUCAACAUAUUUAUGAUCCCAGUCUUUGCAUACGUGGUGGAGAAGUUUGGGCACCGACAGGCCCCAUACCUGCUCUGCGCAACCUUACACCUGCUUUGGCAGUGCAUGCGUCUGGUUCCUGGCCAAUGGAUCUUGCCGCUCUUCGACUUGACCACGGCAAUGCACCGCCAUGCCUUCGCGUCUACGCACUACAUGUUCUUGAGCGCCGAGUUUCCCACGCAGGUCUAUGCGCGGCUGAUUGGAAUUGGUCAUUUGGUAGCUGCAUUUGUCAACCUGCUCCCGACGCCUCUGUUGGCCUUGGUUUUCUGGCACUUUGAAGGCGACUUCAUGGUCCUGCUGCUGAGCCAGCUAUGCAUUGCAGUUGCCCUGUUCCUCAUAACGAACUUGGCGUGGCCAUUCAAGCCGGAGACAGAAGCAGAGAAGAACCUGGAAAAGCUGACAGCAUAG